UUCAGUUUCAGUAACUUCAAUUUUAUUCUCAGAGCGACAAAUUCAAACUUGAAACUGAGAUUGAAUCUCAAAAUUAUUUUUGACGAAUUAAGAACUCCUACUUCCUAGUUCUGAGUUCAUAACUUGUUAAUUUUGUUUGUUCAUAUAUUUAUUAAAUUUAGAGUCUUCUAAAGUCUGUAAAACAUAUUUUUUUUAUAUAUUUGUAUCGAAUACUCUGCUAUAUAAAAUAAUGAUAUUUAUUCCUUAACUUAGCCAGUUAGCUAGUUAACUUAUAGUUAUAACAGUAGGUAUUUACUUAAAAAUGCCCCCCAAAAUCAUUUUGCUUUUCAGUGGUAAGAGAAAGUGUGGAAAAGAUUUUAUUACCGACCAACUAAAAGAAAGAUUAGGAGAUAAUUGUGAAAUCAUAAAAAUAUCAAUGCCAAUAAAGAGUUAUUGGGCGAAAGAAAUGAAUUUAAAUUUGAAUGAUUUACUGAGUGAUAAUUCAUACAAAGAACAAUAUAGACUUGAUAUGAUAAACUGGAGUGAAAAGAAAAGGAAUGAAAAUUAUGGCUGCUUUUGUGAAGCUGCAUGUGAAGAAGCUACAGUUAAACCAAUUUGGAUAGUGAGUGAUAUUCGCCGCAAGACAGAUAUUAAGUGGUUCCAGGAAACAUUUGGAAAACUCAUUAGAACAAUUCGACUUGAAGCUGAUGACAACACGAGAGAGGAAAGAGGUUUUAAGUUUAAAGUUGGUGUAGACGAUGCUGACUCUGAGUGUGGCUUAGACAAUUAUGAAGAUUGGGAUUUAGUUAUUAACAAUGGAAAGGGAAGGAAAUCAGUAAAUGAGCAAAUUGAAAUGAUUUUGCGAUUAAUAGACUCUUGUUAGAAGGUGUUUCUAUAAGCUGAAAAUUGUUGAGGUUAUUAUUAACAGAGCUUUAUAUUUUUAUAUGAAUAAGUUAUUUAACUAUAAUAUAUUUACUCUAAUGAGGAUAACAUAUCUUAUGACUAUAUGUACAAUACUAUGAUUACAUUAAAUUAAAACUAUUAUUAUUUAUUUAUAUUUUAACAUGCAAAAUUGAGUCCAGAAAGAAUUAACAAAUUUUUUUGCUUGCUUGUAUCUUCCGCUAUUAGAUAAAAAGAUAGUGAUAAGAUAAAAAAUAUAGUGGUUUCAUAAAAUUAGAUACAUAUACUUAAUCCACAUAUUUUUUUAUAACAUAAAUAUUUUGGCAUUUUGUAAGUCAUAUCACGGUUGUAAGCCAUGCAAUUGUUAAGCAAUCUUGGGAAGACAAAACUAUUGAGUGCCACGCCUCACGCCGCCGAGACUGGUCACUGUCCGAGUUAAAUUAGCUGUGCCGCUCUGUCCGCUUUGUCAAUCUUUCUUAUAUGUACCAACCCUAGCGCUUCGCUCAGACGUAGGUAUACAUUUAAAGGAGACCGCAGAGUUACGCCACUGUUCUAUUAUUUGUACUGUGAUAUUACUAACUAACCAUUAGACAAUUGAAUAAAGCUGUAUUUGAUGACUCUUUCUUCCGACUCCACAAAUUGAUCAAUACUUGAGGUUAGCUGAAAAGCUUAGCAAAGUUCUGUACAGCCUGUACUAUUUCUUAAGAAUUUAUCAUCAACGAAUACAAAAUAACCAUUGAAGGCCGACCAGUAGAUAAAGAGAUUUGUAUUUUCAAAAAACAAAAAAUAAGCAUCUGUAUAUUAUUUAAUAAUAAUUUGCUCUCUAGUCGUUCCCUCAUGACUGAGGAUCGUUGUCAUCAACAAGUGGUCCACACUUGGAGUGAACUAUUUGUUUCCAUCGCGGCCCUGACGACGGAGCUAAACCUCGGGGACCUGGAGUCUUAUUUGGACGGUCCAUCUGGUAGGAGAUCGGCCUCGGGCUCGCUUGCCAUUUGUGUUCCCAACUACGAUCAAUUUCUCCAGGCUCUCGUUACCUCUUCGCAUUAUGUGUCCAAAAUACGAAAGAAUUCGUUGGUAGCAUAUCGUGGACACACGGGUUUUUAUCUUGAGCUGUGAGAGGAUCGACACAUUUGUUCGCUCGGCCGUAAAAGUUAUCCCAAGAUAAACAGAUUUGUAUUUUCAAACAAACAAAAAAUAAGCAGCUAUAUAAUAUUAUUUAAUAAAAAUGAAUUCAUUUAACCAGUAUGUUUAUAUAACACCAUUAAUGAUCAUAAUAUUUUAAAUCCGCAUUGUGUUCUCAGAUAAUUAUGAUAAUAUUAAUGUUUAUUUUAAUUAUCGUUUGUCUUAAUACAAGGACUUUUUUUAUGUUGUUUUCUGUUGUUGUUACGUAACUUGAAAUAGCCUGAGUCGAAUGUGUUUGUUUUGGUGGUAAGAAUAAGUGCCAAAUAGUCUACAACAAUUGAAUUGUGGCGUACCAGAAAAUAUCUUUAUGAAAAAUACGGAUUUUGAAUCUGCAUGGAGAUCAAACUUAAUUUAUCAUCAUUAUUGAUGACUUUGGUAGAGAUGAACUAGUUAUUUCUAUGUUCUUUAAAUGAAAAUCUCUUAGAUCAUUUAUACAUUUAGAUAUGACACCUGUGAAUAUGUCAAAAAAAUUGAGGCUGACAAUUAACCUCAUUUUGAUCAAUGCACGCACACUAAUACAAGGUGACAUACAAAUCGUGAGUGUAAGAAGUAGUUUGUCACACACACACUAAAGUAAUAAACCUGGCCUGUGUUCAUCAAUUGUCUAGCAGUUGGUGCUGCUAAGGAAAAUAUAAAUCUCUUUGUGAUAUUUCAUACUUAAAUAAUGUGUGUGCCAAAAAAUUUAAUGCAUAUAAUGGUUUAAAGACUGCAGUAUUUCAGCUGCAGCUGAGAUUUGCUAUGAUGUGUAGAAACAAUAAAGGGAAUGUGAGAGGGAGCUUGCUCCCUCUUAGACCUUGCUUCAACACACACUUUCCUGCAUUCUCAACAGAUGAUGGAAACAGAAGAAGUAAAAGAUAUUUCUCAGGAUAUAAUCCUAUCUUUCCAAACUAUCUAUUAAUGCUAAAUUGUUUUCGUGAAUAGCUGUGUAUGGAUACGUUAAAAGCCAACGAGACCAGAUAAAAAAUUUAAAUAACUUGACUUUUACUGGUCAAACUAUGACAAUGACAGAUAGUGACAGAUACCAUAGUGACAGCUGCGAAAAUAGAAUCCAUUUAUUUGUAGCAUAGAUAAUAUUUUGUCGCCAUUUUGUGAAUUCAAGCGUAGUACGUUUUGAAAUGAGAUCGUACUUCGUAGUUUAGUUUUGAGCUGGUCAAUUUCGUCAAUACAAUUUAUGAUAUAUAUAUGAUUGAAUAUGAUUCUUCCGUAAAGGCGCUCAGUUAACCUCGCUUCCGACAGGAAGAUAAGUAGAUUUAUUAUUUGAUAAAAUUUUUCCUUAAUUAUUAACACUAAAAUAUUAUUGAAUAAAUUAUCUAUACUAAUAUUAUAAAGCUGCAGUGUUUGUUUGUUUGUUUAUUUGAACGCGCUAAUCUCUGGUACUAUUGGUCCGAUUUGAAUGAUUCUUUCAGUGUUGGGUAGUCCAUUUAUCGAGGAAGGCUAUAGGCUAUGUUUUUUUUUUUCAAAAUUAGGGAUCCGUAAUAAAAUUGCUAUUUUGUAACACAAGGUGUAAAAUCGGAAACCUAUUUUUGCGUGCGCUGCAAAAACUAUUGACAAUAGAACAAAAUGAUGUACAGGCUAUAAUAUAGGCAAUAUUUUAUUACCUAUAAAACUAUCGCGUGAAUUAUACUUUAUAUGGCAAAACAACGUUUGCCGGGUCAGCUAUAUUGUAUAUGCGGCUUUAUCUUGGUGGGGGAUAUAGGCUUUUGUUAACGGAAGGGGCGUAAUAUUUUGGCAUUUAAUCAAAACGAUUUGAAACCCGCAUUCGACAGCUUGUUAUUUUACUAGGUAGGUAUACAAUAUUUAAUUGUACUAUUACAUAUUCUUUGACAAUAUUAUAAUAGGUAUAUAUAGGCGAUCGCGAAUGUUAAACAUUAGCGCAUCGAUGCCAAUUUCAAUUAUAUUCUUCAAUUGUCUUUUUAUAAUGAUUUUAGAUAUUGUUUUUUAUAAAAAUCAUGGACGAGACGUGCAGGACGUUCAGGUGAUGGUAAUUGAUACGCCCUGCCCAUUACAAUGCAGUCCCGCUCAGGAUUAUUGAAAAACCCAAAAAUUCUGUGAGGCACUACAACUGCAAUCGUCACCUUGAGACAUAAGAUGUCAAGUCUUAUUUGCCCAGUAAUUUCACUAGCUACGACGCCCUUCAGACGGAAACACAGUAAUGAUUAUAUUAAUCAAUUAUUAUCAGAUAUAACUUAGGUAUCUAAAUUUGGUGGUCAGCUUAGAUAAAAGGAAUAAAAAAAGAUGUAGAAUAUGGCUGGCUUUCGCUCGUCCUCAUUCUUUCUAUAUGGGCAAGGCCUAAAAAUACGUCUUAUUAUAAAUCUUUUAUUAGAAGUAAGUUCUACAAUAGUAUUUUAUAACCUUACUUAAGUUCUGUGGAUUUUGUGUUGUAUUAAAUAAAUAAAAAUAAUCCUAGCGGUUAGUGGGGUAGCGGGAAUUAUAUUGUUCUUAUUAAAGCUCUCAAACUUUGGAUGUUUUUUAUUCUUGAAGGAUUUACGUGUAGUUAUAAUAAGUAUUUAUUUAUAUGAAUGGAAUAAAAUUAUUAUUUUUAUA